ACACAGUUCAAUUAUAGUACAAACGUAACCUCAGGAACAAGAAGGUUUAUAUGAUGCUAAAUUGUAUUAUUUUCUAAAUGUUUAUAAAAAAAUGUAAUCAAAUAAGUGGUGUUGUGUGAAAUAGUGCUUUUUACUUUAUGUAUUAACUUCUUUUGUUCAUAAACUCGGACAAUUAUAAGUUUCAAUUUUGAAUUGAAUUUUUGUGAAGGAAACUAAUAUAAAAGAAAAGGAGGAUGAUGCAAAGAAGAGGAGGUAAGCGGAUCCGCAUGGACGAUCCAGUACCUCCAGAAUACGAGCCACCAAUGACUCCAAUGCAUGAUAAUUCUGGAGGUGAUGCUCAAGAUACAACUUAUACGCCUUACACUCCUUACCAUCAAGCUUCACAAACACCAGUUCACAAUCCAACACCGGAGCAUUAUUCUUCUGAAGGAUACAGUUCUCCUGGAUUAUCGCAACCAUUGUACCAAGAACAGUCUACAAAUUUUGAAAAUGUAUCUCAAUUUGAACAACCAAUGACUCCAGUAACUCCUGCUAAUAUGAGGAUUACUCGAAAUACUCGUGCUCGCCUUCGUGGUGGUCCAAUUCAACAACCCAAGUACAAAGAAAUUGAUACAGACUAUAUUCCAACAACAUCUACAAGAGGAAGAGGAGGAGGUCGCGGUCGAGGACGACGCGUUUAUCAAGCACAGUCUUUGGAAGAUGAAGCUAGUUUAUACUUUGUUAUAAAGAACAAUCGUUCAUCUCUUACUAAUAUUGUUGACGAUUGGAUAGAAAAAUACAAAGUUAAUAGAGAAAAUGCUCUCUUGAUGUUGAUGCAAUUUUUUAUAAACGCUAGUGGUUGUAAAGGACGUAUUACAUCUGAUAUGCAAACUUCAAUGGAACAUGUACAAAUUAUACGAAAAAUGACAGAAGAAUUCGAUGAAGAAAGUGGAGAAUAUCCAUUAAUAAUGGCAGGACAACAAUGGAAAAAGUUUCGAACCAAUUUUUGCGAGUUUGUUCAAAUUUUGGUUCGUCAAUGUCAAUAUUCAAUAAUUUACGAUCAAUUCCUUAUGGAUAAUGUAAUUUCUCUUUUAACUGGUCUUUCUGAUUCUCAAGUGCGUGCCUUCAGACAUACUGCAACACUUGCAGCUAUGAAACUUAUGACAGCAUUGGUGGAUGUUGCUUUAACAGUGUCUAUUAAUUUAGACAAUACACAACGACAGUAUGAAGCAGAAAGACAAAAAGCAAGAGAAAAACGAGCAGCUGACAGACUUGAAUCUCUCAUGUCUAAGCGAAAAGAACUCGAGGAAAAUAUGGAUGAAAUCAAAAAUAUGCUUACAUAUAUGUUUAAAUCUGUAUUCGUUCAUCGAUAUCGUGAUACUCUUCCUGAAAUACGUGCUAUUUGUAUGGCAGAAAUUGGUGUUUGGAUGAAAAAAUUCCAUCAGAAUUUCCUUGAUGAUUCAUACUUGAAGUAUAUAGGAUGGACACUUCAUGAUAAAGUAGGAGAAGUAAGAUUAAAAUGUCUUCAAGCAUUACAACCAUUAUAUGCGUCAGAAGAAUUGAAAACAAAACUAGAGCUCUUCACAAGUAAAUUUAAAGAUCGAAUAGUGAAUAUGACUCUUGAUAAGGAAUACGACGUAGCUGUACAAGCAGUAAAGCUUGUUAUUUCUAUUUUGAAACAUCAUCGUGAAAUUCUUACCGACAAAGAUUGUGAACAUGUUUAUGAACUUGUGUAUUCAUCGCAUCGAGCAGUUGCUCAAGCAGCUGGAGAAUUUUUGAAUGAACGUUUAUUUACUCCAGAUGAGGAGGCUCUUGCUGGAAUUAAAACUAAGCGUGGCAAGAAGCGUUUGCCGAAUACUCCUUUAAUUCGAGAUUUGGUAUUAUUUUUUAUUGAAUCUGAACUUCACGAGCACGGUGCUUAUUUAGUGGAUUCUUUGAUUGAGACCAAUCAAAUGAUGAAAGAUUGGGAGUGUAUGACUGAUUUGCUGCUUGAAGAAGCUGGACCAGAAGAAGAAGCACUAGACAAUCAAAAAGAAACAUCUCUCAUCGAGUUGAUGGUUUGUUGCAUAAAGCAAGCUGCUACAGGUGAAGCGCCAGUUGGUCGAGGGCCAACACGUAAAAUUUUAUCUGUAAAAGAAUUGAAACAAGUUCAAGAGGAUAAACAAAGACUUACCGAACAUUUUAUUCAAACGUUGCCUUUAUUAUUGGAUAAUUAUAGUGCCGAUCCGGAGAAACUUGCAAAUCUUCUAGCUAUUCCACAAUAUUUUGAUCUGGAUAUUUAUACAAAAUCGAGACAAGAGCAAAAUUUAAAUUCUUUAUUGAAUAAAAUACAAACAAUAGUAGAAAAGGUUCAUGAUACUGAAGUUCUUGAUACGGCUGCAAGAACUCUGGAGUACAUGUGUGUUGAGGGUCAUGCAAUAUUCACAAGAUGUGAUAUUGCUCGUUCCACUUUAAUUGAUGCGAUAGUUAAUAAAUAUAAGGCAACAAUUGAAGAUUACAGAACAACCGUUGAUGGUAAUGAAGAACCCGACGAAGAUGAUUUGUUUAACGUUACUCAAUCUUUGAAAAAAGUUGCUACAUUUUACAGUAGUCACAAUAUGAAUCCUUGGGAAAUAUGGGACUCGCUUUACAAGGACAUUGUAGAUGCAUUUUCAAAAACUGAAGAUUCCCGAAAGGGAUUACUUCCUGAAGAGGCAAUUAAAUAUUGCAUCACUGCCUGUUAUUUUUCAAUUUUAUGGGGUCAACAUCAUCUCAUGGAAACAAUUGAUUCUGGUGCUCGAGGUGAAGAGGACUGUCGUCGCUUGAAAGAACGUUUGAAUGCUUUCAUGGGAUUGAUGCGUAACUUUGUCAGUGGUGACAAUUGCAAUGCACCAAUACCAGUGAUUCUUCGUGAAGAUGCUUAUACAGUCAUUUGUGAUUUACUGGUAGUGUUCUGUAAUCAGUUAUUAUCCAAUCAUAAUCCUCUGAUGCAUGAAUUAGUGUACGAACCAGACCAUGCGAUGCAGAACAUGCUAAAUAAUUUCGUACAGGAAUUCGUUUUUGUUGAGGAAGAAGACGAAGAAUUAGAUGAACAUUCAAAGAUUGAAGAGCUGCAUAAAAGAAGAAAUUUCCUUGCGAGUUAUUGCAAGCUUAUUGUUUAUAACAUGAUUCCUACGAAAGCAGCCGCAGAUGUUUUUAAACAUUAUGUAAAAUACUACAAUGAUUAUGGAGAUAUUAUUAAAACAACUUUAGGAAAAGCGAGGGAUAUAAAUAAAACUAAUUGUGCACUUACAAUGCAACACAGUUUGAAUAUACUUUACAAUGAAAGUGUUAUUGAAAAAGGAAAAAUUAACAGAAAUAGCGACGAGUUUACUGCAAUCAAGGAAUUAGCAAAACGAUUUGCUUUAUCCUUUGGACUAGACGCUGUGAAGAAUCGUGAAGCUAUUGCUGCUCUACACCGAGCGGGAGUUCUUUUUGCUAUUACGCCACCUGAUGGUGUUGAACUAGAUCCAACGGGACCUCCACCAAAUCUUUCCUUUCUUGAAAUUCUUUCUGAAUUUACGAAUAAGCUUCUUAAGCAGGAUAAACGUGUUGUACUAAAUUUUAUGGAUGGUCGUCUUCAUGCUGGAAUGCCUUCCUCGAAAACAGAAGACUGGCAGCCUUUAUUAUUGUAUAGAAAUAGUUUGUUACACGGCGAUACUGAUCAAGUACCUGUAACUAGCAAACGUGCAUACACGAGACGCAAAAAGGAUCAUGCAGAAGAAGACGAAGUUGAUGAUGGCGAUGACGGUUCGGACCACGAAUUUAUAGGCAAGCCGAAGAAAAAAAGGGGACCUAGAAAAAAUCAAUUAUCGGCGUCAAAAACAAUUCUUCCACGUAGCAUUAAAUUAUCUAAUUAUUUUGAAACGAACGAUACACAUGGAAACGAAAAUGAGAAUUCCCCUACACAUUCAAUUGAAGAUUCACCAUCAAAUCCGCCUCAAGACAUAGAUAAUAGACUUAAAAGUCUACAUAUUCAGCCAAGACCGCGAAAAAGUGUGGAUCAAUCAGAACCUAGAGAGCUGAGAAGGACUGCUAGAAAUUCUGGCCGAUACGUUCAAGGUCAAUAUAUGGAGUCAGAUUCUGAAUAAGAAUAAAAAAGGUUCUACACUCACGCUAACAAGAGACUGACUGUAUCAAAGAGUUACGAUCGCUUUCUUCUUCAAAGAAAAAAUUCUGAUUGCACAAAAUCUCUUUUUAAAUGUGAUUUAAGAUUAGGAUAAAAAUUAAACUUCCAUACUACUUUAAUACAAGUUUUAAAAACUUUAAUAGACCUUAUGUGUGCAAUCGGAUACGAAGAAUUCGUUUUAGUUUGUUCUUUUUUGUUUUAUAUAUAUAUAUAAAAUGUUUAAUUAUAUUAACUUCUUUUAUAAACUAAUAAGGUUACUUUUUUUAAGUAUGAUUAAAACAGAAGAUAUUAUUAGUAUGUUGUAAACAAUUACAAUUAGUGUAAAGAUUUUUUUAAAUUACAACAGUUAUUCAUAACAUUAACACUGUUAUCUUCGACUAUUGUUUAUAAAACUAACUCGACUAUAAUAUGUAAUAAUUAAGUAUCUCAAUAUUUACUACUUUAAAUUAUUAUAAAUUCGCAAAAAAAUAAUACUUGUAGAAGAUUUCCAACAUAAUUAUUAAUAUAGCAUAAGUAUUAAUUUUCUUUCAAAAAUUAUAAAAAAAAUUCUACGCAAAUACAUUUUUAUUUUCUCUUUAAAAUGUAUUUUUAAAUUUUACAAAAAUAAGUUACAAAAUGUUAUGGUCCGCUUGUUUUCCAUAGGAAAAAUGUAUGGUGCAUAAAUGUAUCCAUGUGUAAUAUAUAUUAAUUUAACCAGUGGCCUAAUAAAACUCUGCAUAAAAAUCUCCCCAAUGUUUAAAUUAAAUGAUUUAAAAAAAUAAAAUCUUUUUAGACUUAUAAUCUUUCUAUACUUAUAAUCAGAAAAUUUUAUGCAGGGUUUUAGUUUCCAAGGGCUAAUAACUAAAUUUAGGAUAAAGAGAGAUUUUGAUUUUAUACUUAUGUUUAAAAUUUAUCUUAUAGUUAAUAUUUAUUUUGUAGUUAUAAAACGCAAUCAUACAUUAACAUAAUCGUAUGGUCUCGAAUGAUUAAAAAAUAGCUUUUUUACGAUUUGAAUCAAAGCAUGGAGUAUUUCAUUUAUUUAUAUUUUUAUUCUUAUCUUAUUUGGUUGUGAUAUAAUAAUUAUUUAUCAUUUUCAAUCCAUUUUUCAA